UCGGUCUCAUAUUUAUUCAUUCUCUCCCCGGACGCCCUCUCAUUCGGUUCUUUCGCGCAAUGGAGAUACUUCUACGACUCAUCGUGAUCUUGGUGAAGGCGAUCGCCUGGAUCAUUUCUCCGAUCCUGGACACAUAUGUUUAUCCUCAGAAAUCCAAGAGGACUCUGAUACCACCGGUAAAGAGCCGCCUGCUCACCCUCAGCGUUCAGGAACUGCGCAAUCGCCUUCGAUCCCGGCAGUUGACUUCUGUGGAACUGGUGGGCGCAUAUAUCGAACGUAUCGAAGCGGUUAAUACUCAUUUAAAUGCGCUGGUGGAAUCUCGUUUCACGGCCGCCCUGGAGGAAGCCGCCGAAGCGGAUGACCUCAUAGCCAGCUGCCAAUCUGCAGCGGAUGUGGAGAAGCUAUUCGAAGAGCGUCCAUUACUGGGGCUUCCCGUGACCAUAAAAGAAUCGUGUGCCCUUGAGGGCAUGACCUUCGCCGUGGGCAGUCUCAACAGGAAGAACUUUAAGGCCCAAGCUGAUGGCGAGGCCGUGAAGCGCUUGAAGUCAGCUGGAGCCAUUCCUCUCCUGGUUUCGGCCACCCCAGAAUACUGCUUCAGCAUCGAGACGGACACAUUAUUGAACGGGCGAUGCCUGAAUCCGUACGAUUUCGAGAGGACUCCGGGUGGCAGUUCUGGAGGAGAGGGCUCUUUAAACGCAGCUGGCGCCUCUCUUUUCGGCAUUGGCUCAGAUAUUGGAGGAUCUAUUCGCAUUCCCAGCUUGUACUGUGGCAUCUUUGGGCACAAACCCAGUGGAAAAGUGGUCUCCGUGAAGGGACACUUUCCCAACUCCGAGGACCCGAACAUCGAACACUAUCUUGUGGAGGGACCCAUGACCCGUUUUGCCGGCGAUCUUUGCGAUUUACUGCAAAUUAUGGCGGGCAAGGAAACCUCAGCCAGAUUGCGACUAAACGAACCUGUGCAACUGAAUCAGAUUAAAGUGCAGUAUGCGCUGGGCUUCGAGGGAAUCAACGGCUGGAUGCACACGUCAGUGGACAAGGAUAUAAGGGAGGCCAUUUGCAAAGCAGCAACCCAUCUGAAUACGCUCGGCUUGGAGGUGAAGAAAGCCAAGUUGCCCAAUCUGGGGAACUCAAUGGAAAUGGCAUUAUCCGGAAUCGCUGGACAGGAUUUAAUGGACUAUCUGUUGGUGGACGAGGGAUCGAGCAAAGUGCGUGAGACCGUGUGGCAAAUGGUAUUAAGUCUACGAGGUCGUUCGAAAUAUACGACUAACGCCCUGAUCUUUGAACUAAUGCGUCGCACUGGCGCCUUCAUGCCGCACUCAAAGAUGAAACUUUAUAUUGAGGAAUCGCGCGGCCUGAUCGGGGAGUUCGCGAGCUUACUUGGAGAAAAUGGAGUGCUUCUGUUUCCGACUUUGAACUUACCUUCCCCGAGGCACAAGUGGUCGGUGCUAUCACUCUGGGCCGUCGAUUACACCCUGUUGUUUAAUGUACUCGGCCUGCCCGUCACCCAUGUUCCGAUGGGUCUGAACGACCGCGGACUCCCCGUUGGACUUUCUGUGAUUGCGGGGCCGAAUCAGGAUCGACUGUGCCUCCGUGUGGCUGUGGAGUUGGAGAGGGCCUUCGGUGGAUGGAAACCCCCAGUUCCACACGAACUAGACGACCAAUAAUAACAACAAAAAAAUGAAAGUUUUAAGCAGCCCAUAUAUCAUUUUACAAAAUUCCCAAUCUGCUGCAAUUGUUUAAAUAUUUAAGGUAUUUAAAUUUGCGAUGUUUAAUCAAAUUACAUUGUUCGAGGAACGUUCAAGUUUUUAAAUUUUCCGAUUCGAACCGCAUGAUCUUAUCGAUAUAUUUUCUUACCCGUUUCAUCGGCGGGACUUAGCUUGCGUUUUAAAGGUUUUUGUCUCGGGUAAAGCGCUAUGCGGCGGAAAACGUAAGCCAAGUCCCGAGUAAAAAAUGUCAAGUUUGUAUAAGGAUAAAUAUAAUGAAUAAAUAUAAAUGUGUAUCAUAUUUAAA